AUGAUAAGAAACGGGUGGACCUUGUUGGGCCGAAGCAUAAGAAACUUCUCCUCCACGAGGCCAGCGCUCUCGUUUAUAGGCGGCUCGCCCGUCCGUUUGGCCGAGGGUGUGGAGGUUUCGAUGGAGAAGAUCCCACCAGAGUUUUGCAGGUCGUUCGUUAAGGGUAAGCAGAAGUUCAUGCUAGAUCAGAAUAUCGUGGUCAGAGGUCCAAAAGGCAAAUUGAAGACCUUAGUGCCCAGUUUUGUGAAAAUCGACCAGAAGGACGACUUGAUUACCGUUCUGGUGGACAACCCAGACGACAAGAUACAGAGAUCCAUGUGGGGCACUCUGAGAGCGAUUCUUCACAAUAACGUCAUUGGCACAUCUGAAGGUCACUUGGCCAUCGUCAAGUUCGUUGGCGUUGGUUACAGAGCGCUUUUAGAGGAAGAAAACGGUACACAAGUCAUAGGUUUGAAGGUUGGGUAUCCAUACACGCCGAAGUACAAGGUGCCGAGCGAUUUGAAGGCAUCUUUGCCUUCACCUGCCCGUCUUUUAAUCGAAGGCAUUGACAAGCAACAAGUGAAGUUGUUUGCUGCUAGAAUUAGAGAAUUUAAGAAGCCUGAGCCAUACAAGGGUAAGGGUCUCUAUGUUGACGAUGAGACGAUCAGACUUAAGCAGAAGAAAAUCAAAUAA